AUGGGAAUCAAUCUGCACCAUCAAGCUUUGAACGUAAUGGAAAUGCAUUAUUAAUUCAACUCCCUGGUUCACAUUUAUUUAUUGACCAUCGUAGAUGUCUAGAGAGGCUGCCUCUGAACCCCGUAUAUAUAUCACAUAGGAGAAACAUAUCUUCAGUAUGACCUAUGCUGCAGAGCCCACCAAACUCAAAUCGCUCUUUACUAAAGCUCGUACUUUUCUACGACUCGCAACAACCACCUCUGCCGCCGCCACAGCCGCUGCAUCUCUUUCCUCUGCCGCCACCACCUCCUCUGCCAUGGACGAUCAAUCAUCAAGCCUCAAGACCAAAGUUUGCAUUAUUGGUAGUGGCCCUGCCGCCCAUACCGCUGCCAUUUACGCUGCCAGAGCUGAACUCAAACCCAUCCUCUUUGAAGGAUGGAUGGCCAAUAAUAUUGCGCCAGGUGGACAGCUCACCACCACUACUGACGUUGAAAACUUCCCUGGAUUUCCUGAUGGCAUUCUCGGCAUGGAAUUAAUGGACCGCUGUCGCAAUCAGUCUCUCCGUUUUGGUACUGAGGUUUUAACCAAAACCGUCACCAAAGUGGAUUUUAAGUCCUUCCCGUUUAAAGUCUUUACAGAUUCCCAGUCUGUUUUGGCUGAUUCUGUGAUUGUUGCUACUGGUGCCGUCGCCAAAAAGUUAAAAUUCACCGGUUCAGGAGAUGGGCCUGGAGGGUUUUGGAAUCGGGGAAUUUCAGCGUGUGCGGUUUGUGAUGGAGCAGCUCCCAUAUUUCGAAACAAACCAUUGGCCGUGAUUGGAGGCGGGGAUUCAGCCAUGGAAGAAGCAAACUUUUUGACCAAGUAUGGAUCAAAAGUUUAUAUAAUUCAUAGGAGGGAUGCUUUUAGGGCUUCUAAGAUUAUGCAGAACAGGGCGCUUACAAACCCUAAGAUUGAUGUAAUUUGGAAUUCUGUGGUGGAGGAGGCUUAUGGAGAUGGAGAGAAGGGAGUAUUGGGGGGAUUGAAGUUAAAGAAUGUGGUGACUGGACAAGUUUCUGAUUUGAAGGUAUCUGGUUUGUUCUUUGCCAUUGGACAUGAACCUGCUACCAAGUUCUUGGACGGCCAAUUGGAGCUUGAUUCGGAUGGCUAUGUUGUCACUAAACCAGGAACCACACAGACCAGUAUACGUGGGGUUUUUGCUGCAGGAGAUGUUCAGGAUAAGAAGUACAGGCAGGCUAUUACGGCUGCAGGCACUGGGUGCAUGGCAGCCUUGGAGGCCGAACAUUACUUGCAAGAGAUAGGAUCGCAGAAGGGUAAGAGUGAGCCUUGACUGUAGAUGUCCCAGGAGUAUGGAAGCUUCUCUACUGACAAGCAAAGUUAAAGCUUUCUCUGGAGAUAUUAAAGUGUUGGAUUUAUUAGAUGAAAUGGACUUUUUUAAGUAUUUGGAAAAAUGGAUUGGCCAAUAUGUCAUGAACGUAUGUUUUAGAGUGUAAUUCAUGGAUGGAAUCAUUAUUAGAACUUCAUCUUUUGUGUGUUUUUUCCUAGUUGAAUGAAUUAAGAUAUUCUCAUGAAAAGUUUGGAUGAA